AUCUUCUUUGGGUGCCUAUCCCAGGAAGAGCAGACGCGUUUGUGACGUGGCUAAUCCAACUAGAAGAAGACAGGCGAUACGUAUUUGGAAUAUUGACGCACUCGAUCCCGUCUGCAAAGCCAAGACAAGAUCGAAUCAUCAACUCCCCCCACAUGUAUUUGUGUUGUUUCUCAGAGGGAAACUUUCCACGGAGGCGAGCCUAACUGCUAGCAUCCUCACUUUGACAGCUGCAGGAGAGCAAGAGACGAGGCAUGCGCUAAGGCUCGAGCAUGUCGGACAGCGAAGUUCCCGCGCCGCCUGAGGUUCAGGCCGCCCGGGCCACCCAGGCGCCUGACGGCUCCCCGCCGACCUCACCCGACGUGGCUCCCACCAGGAAAGCCAGGAGGAGGGCAGAGCUUCAAGCCCAAGCGGAGGAGAAAGUGGACGAGGAGCCACCAAAGCCCCCGCCGAGUCGAUCGACAGUUUUGCAGGGGGGUUGGGGUUACUGGGGCGGCUGGGGAAAAUCCAUCCUGUCCACCGCCACCGCCACUGCGACCGCUGUGGGGCAGGGGCUGACGCAAGUCAUCGAGAAGGCCGAGACGUCGCUGGGAAUCCCCAGCCCCGCCGCGCUGUCCGUCCGAGCGCAAGACGACGAGAAGGCGGAGGAGCAGCGGGACGGAGAUGAGUCGGAACGGGUGGGUGGAGACGGCGCGGCGGCGGCGGGCGGCGCCAUGGGGAUGCUCUCCUCGCUCACCGACGUCGUUCACAACACAGGCAAGACCAUGAUCAGCGGUGGCCUGGACGCUCUGGAGUUCAUCGGGAAGAAGACGAUGGACGUGAUCGCGGAAGGCGACCCCGGCUUCAAGAAAACCAAAGGCCUCAUGAUCAGGAACUCCACGCUCUCUCAGGUGCUGAGGGAGGCCAAGGAGCGAGAAGAGCUUCAGGCGGAGGAGUCGUCCGACUCGGAGAAGAAGGCGCCGCCGGCUCACUACGGGGUGCUCUUCGACCAGUACCAGGGCCUGGCCCACCUUGAGGCUCUGGAGAUGCUUUCUCGGGAAAGCGAGUCAAAGGUCAAGUCAGUGCUGACGACGCUGUCGGGCGUCGAGCUGAAUAAGCUGAGAGGAGAGCUACGGCUCAUCAAGGACGCAUUCUCCACCAUGGAAUUUGACGACGACGACGUGGAUGAGAAGAAAGACGGAGACGGCUCCGAGUUUGAGGCGGAGCUCGCCCGGGCUCUGGAGGGCCUCAGUGUCUCCACCACGGCUGAAAAACUCAGCAAGGCCUGCAAAGACGCCUGCGGUGUGAUGGCAGACCUGAGCAAACCGGCAGAGGACCGUGAGGAGGACGACGACGAAAGGACCGAGCUCACAGUGGAGGAAGUGAACGCCGCCGCCAUCAGGAGUCUGGCCGAGUUGACGGCGCGCUCCAUCGAGCUUUUCCACAAGCUGGGCGAAAGCCUCCUGCUGUCCAACGGAGACGUGGAGGCGGACGUCCUGUCACAGCUGACAGUUGUCCUGUGUAAAGAAGUCUCGCUGCUUUCCAAGAAGUUCACCGCCUGUCUGACCACUGUAGGGUCCAACGAGAAGGGAGAAGUCCUCAACCCGCUCAUAACAGGAGUCUUCUUAGAGGCAUCCAACAGCGCGUCAUACAUCCAGGAUGCCUUCCAACUCCUGAUGCCCAUUCUGGAGAUGGGCCACAUCCAGAGACAAGCCGAUCCGCUCGACUCCUGAGCGGGGAGACCUGUUUUUUGGUUCUGUUUCAAUCAGUGUUAACUCUACUUUUUUUCUAUGCGUCCAACAUGCCACUGCAGAACUAUUACCACUGCUGCUUUGGGAGUGGCGUCCAUUCAGGUGGAAAAAACUCAAAGCUCAGGUGGUCAAAGCGUUGUGGUGCCCAACAGUGUAACAAACCAUCAUGAAUAAAUAAGAGAUAGUGGCAA